UGUGUCAGAAUGCUGUGAGGGACUCCGGUACGAGUGACAGGACAUGAACCCGCUCCUGCUCCCUGUGUGUUUGGGGUUCGUGGUCGCCCUGCCGCCGGUACAGAAUGCCAAGGAGAGCCGGUUUAGUCAGCAUGACGCGGCGCAUUACAGGGAUCGAGUGAAGUCCAUGUUUUAUCACGCUUACAACAAUUACCUGGAGAAUGCCUUUCCGUAUGAUGAGUUGCGACCUCUUACCUGUGAUGGACAAGAUACGUGGGGCAGUUUUUCUUUGACAUUAAUUGAUGCUCUGGAUACGUUACUCCUCUUCGGGAAGCUGGUACCUCAAGCGUAG